GGGGAGGAGCUCCCACUGGCAGCCCGCCAGCAGGACCUAGGCCUACCCUGAGAGUGACCCCGCAAGGGAUCGAAAGUUCAGACGCAGGGUGGCGGUGGGGUCGUUUCACAGGCAGCCUUGAAGAAAGGCCCCCCGUGACCUGUGAGAGGGCUCUCGGUGGGACGAGGGGGAGAGGCAGCUUCUGACUAGAGCUUGGAGCUGGCACCCAGCGGGGCCACGUGUCUGGCUGAGAGGCAGCUGCCUGGUGGGGGUGCCCUCCCUCACACCCAUCCCAGUAAGGAAACACUGCCUUCGGGAGCCCCCGUGGGUCUGGGGCGGCCACCUUUUCCCGGCCCCAGGGACUGGUGCGGGCACGUAUGGAAAUGAAUGAGGCCACUUAGCCUUCAAAUGACUUAAACAAUUCAAGUUUUAGCAACUUCUUACCCCAUCCUUUUCCUCGGUUCCAGCCACCUAUGGAGCGGGGGACUGGAGGCAGGGAAGCAACAUCUUGCUCUUCAAGCUUUUGUCCUUUCCAGAGACUGGGAAGGAGUGGGGGAGGCCAGUGAUGGGUGGACCUUCCCUUCAGGUCUUCAGACAUGGCUGUCCACUCCUUGCCUGUCCCCACAGCUCUUCCUGCAGACUCUUUUUUCCUGAGGAUCCUAUUAAGAUUGUCCGGGGCCGAGGACAGUACGUGUACGAUGAACAGGGGGCAGAAUACAUCGAUUGUAUCAACAAUGUGGCUCACGUUGGGCACUGCCACCCUCUCGUGGUCCAAGCAGCACACGAACAGAACCAGGCGCUGAACACCAAUAGCCGAUACCUGCACGACAACGUCGUGGAUUAUGCGCAGAGGCUGUCAGAGACCUUGCCGGAGCAGCUCUGUGUGUUUUAUUUCCUGAAUUCAGGGUCGGAAGCGAAUGACCUGGCCCUGAGGCUGGCCCGCCAGUACACAGGACACUGGGAUGUGGUUGUAUUAGACCAUGCUUAUCACGGUCACCUGAGCUCCCUGAUCGACAUCAGUCCCUACAAGUUCCGAGACCUGGAUGGCCAGAAGGAGUGGGUCCAUGUGGCACCUCUCCCAGACACCUACCGGGGCCCCUACCGGGAGGACCACCCCAAUCCAGCUGUGGCCUAUGCCAGUGAGGUGAAACACGUGGUCAACAGCGUACAGGAAAAGGGCAGGAAGAUUGCAGCGUUCUUCGCAGAGUCUCUGCCCAGUGUGGGAGGGCAGAUCAUUCCCCCUGCUGGCUACUUCCUGGAAGUGGCAGAGCACAUCCACAAGGCCGGAGGGGUCUUUGUCGCGGACGAGAUUCAAGUGGGCUUUGGCCGAGUAGGCAAGCACUUCUGGGCCUUCCAGCUGCAGGGGGAGGACUUUGUCCCUGACAUUGUCACCAUGGGCAAGUCCAUUGGCAAUGGCCACCCUGUAGCCUGCGUGGCCACAACCCAAGCUGUGGCGAGGGCAUUUGAAGCCACCGGCGUCGAGUACUUCAACACGGAGAAGCCACAGCAUGUUUGGUGGCACCAGGAAAGCAGUCACAUGGUGGGUGAGGAGAGCAUGGUGGUCACCAGGGGCUUCAUCAGAAAGAGCCAAGGAGUCUGGACUGAUCCUGAGGGCAGUGAGGAACCAUGGAAGGGUUAUAACUGGGGAAAGAUGAGAUCUGAAAUACGCUCUAGAAGGAUCUCUGGCAAUCAGUAUGGAGAAAGAACUGGAGGAAGGGAGACUGGUUCAGGCAAGAGAGGAGAAGACCUAAAUCUGGGCAUGGGCACAGGGAAGAAGAGGAAGGGACAGAGAACAGGGGAAGAACAACUCACUGUGACUUCUCAAAAAAGAGCCAGUUUGAGGGGCCGGCCCUGUGGCGUGGUGGUUAAGUUCACACACUCCGCUUCGGCAGCCCGGGGUUCACAGGUUUGGAUCCCGGGUGCAGACCGAUGCACCACUUGUCAAGCCAUGCUGUGGCAGGCGUCCCACAUAUAAAAUAGAGGAAGAUGGGCACAGAUGUUAGCCCAGGGCCAAUCUUCCUCAGCAAAAAGAGGAGGAUUGGCAACAGAUGUUAGCUCAGGGCUAAUCUUCCUCACAAAAAGAAAAAAGAGCAAGUUUGAAGUGGGGACUGAAACAUGUCAGGAUUUGGCAAGAUGGUUGAGAUUUGGUAGAGAAGGUCAUUAAGGGUGAGGGCUGGUGUUUUCAGCAAACCAUCAUUAUAUGCCCAGGUGACACAUAGACAGAGCCUCUGCCCUGGACACGUUCGCCACAGGGGAAGGGAGACUCAUAGACACCUGCUCGCAUUGGCGUGGAGAAGGGGUUAAUGGAAGUAGUGCAUUCGCAGCUCUAUAACUGCACAAGGGGCUCCAGGCAGAAGGGUGGAGAAGAGCAUGGGACAAGCAGUGGAUGCUUCGUGUGGAUGGUGAGUCUGAGGAGAGCUGAGUCUGGGAGGAUGAGGUGGAAUUAGUCCUGUGAGGAGGAAGGGAGUGUGUUGUGUUAAGUGAAGACAAAUAAGCCAGUGGAGCAUCGUCCUGAGUUUUGUUUCUUUCUUUGUCUUAUUUGAAGUGCCCAUAGUUAGAUUGUGUAAUCCUUGGUUCCUGAAAGACUCAUCAUCUGUCCCUGUGUCACCCUCUUUUAGUUGAUCAGUUAAUCAGUUACUUUUAUUAAUGUCAUAAGCAUCCAAGAGGCCAUCAUCCCAAAUAAAAGUUAGGACCUUGACAAUAACCUGCCUUUAUCCAUAUGGUUUGCCCCCAGUCCUAUCUGCUUGCCUCCCUUACCCCAGGUAACCAUCACUCUGAAUCCCGUGUUAUUUAUUCUAGUUGUUACUAAGGAUCAUCCAUAUUGCUUGUCACUGAAGUUCAUUUGUUUUGAAUGCUUUAUAAUAUCCCAUUGUAUAAAUAUACAAGUUUAUUCAUCCAUUCCUGUUGAUGUGCUUUGGGCUUGUUCCAUGUCUUUUGCUAUUAUGAACAGGGCUGCUAUGAACAAUUUGUAUAAGUCUCUGUUGAGCAUGUACAAGAGUUUUUCUUAAGAAUAUACCUAAGAGUGGAAUUGCUAAUCAUAGGGUCUGCGUUCAUCCUCCAUUUUAAGAGAUAAUGACUUCUGUUCUCCACAGUAGUUCACAAGUUAGCACCCUACCAGCAGUGUAUAAGAGAUUCUGUAGGUCUACAUCCUCAUCAACAACUGUUAAUUUCUGCCAAUCAAGUGGGGUGUAAAAUGGUGUUCCCUCGAAUCAGCAAAUGAUCUUGAUAUGCCAUUCCCUGAUUUCAAAUUAUGUGAAACAUCUCUUCAUGUUUAUUGGCCAUGUGUUUCCUCUUCUGUGAAAUUAGCCCUGAGCUAAGAUCCGUUGCCAAUCCUCCUCUUUUUGCUGAGGAAGAUUGGCCCUGAGCUAACAUCUGUGCCCAUCUUCCUCUAUUUUAUAUGUGGGAUGCCUGCCACAGCAUGGCUUGAUAAGUGGUGUGUAGGUCUGCCCCUGGGAUCUGAACCCACGAAUCCCAGGCCGCUGAAGCAGAGCACACAAACUUAAUCACUACGCCACCGGGCUGGCCCCUCUUUUGCCCAUUUUUUGAUUGAGUUACUACUGCUUUUCUUAUUUAUUUGUGGGAGUUUUUUGUGUCUAUGUAUA